GAGGUCGCGCGGCGCGCGUCGCCGCUGAUGUGGGCCAUCGCGACUGCGCUGGGGAAGGCGACGUCGCUGCGCCCCUCCUGCGUGCACGUCCACAUCCUGCUCCUCAUUGCGACGACGUUGGGCGCCGCCCAGCUCAAGUGCGGCGGGAUCCUUGCGCGCCACUGCAACCUGCUCAUGCUGCAGCACGGCGAGUCGGGAGAUGGCAAGUCCAUUGCCUUGUGGCUCGACGUUCAGAUCCUGUCCUACUACGACCAGGGGAGGGAGGCCCGCGCCAAGCGGAGGUACGAUGCCGCUGUCGAGAGGCAUGAGCGAGACCCGGAGACCGAACCCAAACCAGAAAAGAAGCCAGAGAAGGAUUCCAUUUUCAACAAGGGUAUCUUCAUUGGCCUUGGAGGGUUCAUGCAGGCGCAAGAGGAUACCGCGUUCCUGGCGCUGCACGAGGGGAAGACGCGGCUGCCCCAGACGUUCGACAGUGGGGCUGGCGGCGGCAUUGAUGACCUCGACCAAAUCCACGACCACGACCUCUACAAGAAUCACCCCGGUAACAGCCAAAACAGGUUCCGCGUCAGGAGCCCGCACUUGCGCGGGGCAGUCAUGAUGCACAUCGAAGACGUUUAUGACCAGGCGCAGAAACUAGACUCAACAGCGGGCAUGAUGCGCUUCCUCGUGGGCCACUUCAUCGCGGUGGUCAACAAGAUCUUGCCCGAUUUGCCCCCGCCGCAGCUUGCCCGGAUCCUCGAUAGCGACCCGAAUUACUUCAACGAUCUGACCUACGACGACGUCGUGGAAGAGCGCCGUGACGAGAGGGGCUCGAGCGACCGCUUCUCCAGAGUUCGCGGGAUGCACUUCCUGCCCUGGGCCCCAGAAAUCAAGGAGCACUUCCGCACCGAGUUCAAGAAGUCUGCCGAUUUCGUCCGCGGCGAGGCCCGGGGGUCCAAUGGGGAAAACGAGGACAGCGGAUAUUCCGCCGUCCGGAAGGACAUGACGCGGACGCUCCAGUUCAUCCCGCCGAUCGACGCGGGGGAGAAAGUGGUGGGCUUCCUCCUGAGGAAGGCCGGCAAGAGUGAUAACCAGGUACAGGAGAUGACUGGGGAGGAGAUUGUGGAAUGUUUGGGAAAGCAUGCCCACGCGAACAUCGAUGCCCUCUUGGACGACUUGGACCCGUCCCACAUUCCCCCCCAGGUGACGCGGCCAUCAGUUGACGCCGCCGUGGCGUUGGGGGACUGGUUUGCCAAGAACUUCCAGAUGACGGUGCGCGCCAAGGAGGUAACCAAAGACUUCAUGGAGGCCCGCACGCGUUUCGCAUCCAUGCCGCCCCCCACCAUCGCGUCUGCGGAAAGGCUCGUAGGGCGUGAUAUCGUGUCUAAGGUGAACCCCAUGCUGACCUUGCAGCGCAUCGCCAACAACCGGAACGUUAAAGCUUUCGCGCAGAACCCCUUCACCACCGACGCCGACAUCAGGGCUUUGCAGCUGGAUUGCGUCAUUCUGACGCACAUGGGCUUCCUCCUCGUCGCAGACGGUCGCGUCGCUGUGGCUGCGUACGCGUCCGACAGCGAGAGCUUCGUGAGAGCCGCCAACCGCGUGAUGAAGUGGGACCCCAGCCUCGUCCUCCGCGACCUGCGCGAGUUGGCGCCCGAGGACGCUGCGGGCGCGCGCGAGGAGGGGGGCCAAGGCGUGGCCGAUCAGAUCUGCCAAGGCUUGAAGGACAUGCUCGACGGCAAGCCGGUGGAUCUUGACCAGCUCCGCGCUCUGGAGGCCCCUCUCGUCGCCGAGGUGCGCGGCCAGAGCGUGCCGGCGUCGCAGGUGGGCGCCCCCCCGCCCGUGGGCCCGCCGAGCCAGCUGGGCGCUCUCGGCCGCGACAGCGUCGGGGCCCCGCUGGCGGAGGACAGUUUCGAGGAGGAGCCUGGGCUCAAGAAGAGGAUCCUGGUGUCUACCCUGAGCAGCGCUCAGAACCCGCACGCGUCUGCCAAGAACAAGUCCUCGUUAACUGGGGCCACCCCAGAGGCCAUCGAGAGUUCCAUGCGCCUGAUGAUUCGGUUCGCCGACGCCGCUGGCUUCGGGGCGUUCCAACACGGAGGGUCCGCGGCGCAGAUGCACCGGGUGCCUGCCGAGCACAGAGACGCUGUUUACCAGGAGCUCCAAUCACGCUUGGGCCUCACGCCAAAAGGCACAAAGAAGAUGAAGGAUGCAAAUGAUGCUCGGGUGCCGUCGUCGGACUUCGACUUGGCAAACUUCAUGAGCAAAGCCUCCCUUCUGGGGGACAUCUUGAAGAACGCUGCCUGA